UGCUAUGCAAUGAUAUAGAGCCACUCAUCUAAUAUUUUAUCAUCGACUAAUCAACUUUUCUUCACACAUAAUCUAAUCAAAUCAAAUAAAAUCAAACUUUGCUUCAAACUUUGAAUCACAUGUUUAUUCAUUUUUAAUAUUCCGAGUUGAUAUUGUUUAUUACGCAUUAACAAAUUGAAGAGUUUCAAAACACUUAUUUUCUAUGCGACAAUUUGAUGUGUUUAGGUAGCUCUGGUUUUGUCAAAGCCAUCAAAAUCGUAGUUGACUCACUAUUUGGUUUCAGACCAUUGUUUUCCUGAAAUAACUAGGUAGAAUAAUGUUUCCAACAUGCAUAUCAAGUUUGUAGAAUUAUUAUAGAAUCUCUCACAAGGCUUCUAUUAUUCUUGGUCCAACUAUGGCUAAUUCAUUUGGUUUCUUUCUGUUUCUGGUUUUGUUUUUUGCUGUUACAGUUUUAGUUCACGCACAACAACAAACAGGUUUCAUAAGCAUUGAUUGUGGCAGUUCAGAGAAUUUGUACACAGAUGAUGUAACAAAAAUAAAAUACAGUUCAGAUGGAUCAUACAUACAAACAGGAGUUAACAGAAACAUUUCUAUUGAAUAUGCAUAUCCAGCCAAUCCAACUCUACCAUUACCACUCUCGGAUCUCAAAAGUUUUCCUCAAGGAGACCGAAACUGUUACCAAUUAAUCACCGGAAGAAAAGGAAGUUUAUAUUUAAUAAGAGCUUCUUUCUUGUAUGGAAACUACGACGGCGAAAACAAAUUACCAGAAUUUGAUCUCUAUGUUGGUGUAAAUUUCUGGUCAUCAGUGAAAUUUAAGAAUGCUUCAGAACAAGUUACAUUGGAAAUAAUCAGCAUGGCACAAUCUGAAGAAAUAAAUGUUUGUCUUGUGAAUAAAGGAAAGGGAAUUCCGUUUAUCUCAGGGUUGGAACUUAGACCGAUUAGUAAUUCUAUUUACAACACUGAGUUUGGAGAUUCUGCUUCACUUUUACUUUUCAAAAGAUGGGAUUUUGGUUCAACCAAUGGAAGUGGUAGAUAUGAAGAUGAUGUUUAUGAUAGAAUUUGGUUUCCUUUUACUUCCUCAUCAUGGAAAUCUCUCAACAGUUCUGCAGUCGUUGAUGUUAAUGGAGAUGGAUAUAAAGUACCAUCUGAAGUUAUAAGAACCUGUUCUACACCGAAGAAUGAGAAUGGUUCAUUGGAAUUUUCUUGGACUUCAAAUGAUCCUAAUACGAAAUUUUAUGUCUACUUGUACUUUGCUGAAGUGGAGAGACUUCAGAGAUCUCAACUGAGAAAAUUCAGUGUUUCUUGGAAUGGUUCUCCUUUGAUUACAUCAAUAGUCCCAAAAUACUGGCAAGCUACCUCUCUUUUUAAUUCAAAGUCCUUGGUCGCAAAAGAACAUCGAAUUUCGAUACAGAAAACCGAAGAUUCGAUGCUUCCACCUAUUCUUAAUGCGGUGGAGAUUUAUGUAGCUAGACAAUUGGAUGCACUUCCAACAUUUGAAGAAGAUGUUGAAGCUAUAAAGAGUGUAAAAGAAAGUUAUAGAGUUCAAAGAGAUUGGGUUGGUGAUCCAUGUGAGCCAAAGAACUACACUUGGGAAGGCUUAAAGUGCAACUACAGCACUUCACUUCCUCCAAGAAUUGUAUCACUGAAUCUAAGCAGAAGCAGUCUGAGUGGAAUAAUAACUCCUGCCAUUUCCAAUUUGACUUUCUUGGAAUCUUUGGAUUUAUGUAACAAUAGCUUAACCGGAUCAAUACCUCAGUUCUUGGAAGAAUUGAGAUCCCUUAAAUAUUUGAAUUUAAGGGGCAACCAACUUUCAGGUUUUGUUUCUACCACUCUCCUAGAAAGAUCAAAGAAGGGAUUACUUACUUUGAGGGUGGAUGAUCAAAAUCUCUCUGGUUCAAGUAAAAAGAAGAAGGUAAUUGCUCCCGUUGUUGCAUCAGUCACGUCAGUUUUAGUUCUACUAGUCAUUGCCAUUCUCUAUUGGAAGCUUAGAAGAAGAAAUGAACAAUCAGAGGAUGAGAUGAAUAUGCUCAGCAAAAGUGUAGGAACUGUAGUAUCAAAGAAGUUACAAUACACAUAUGCUGAGGUGUUGUCCAUUACCAGCAACUUUGAGUUGGUCAUUGGGAGGGGGGGAUUUGGAAGUGUUUAUAGUGGUCAGAUGAAAGAUGGCAAUAAAGUCGCAGUCAAGAUGCUUUCCGCGACUUCAGCUCAGGGCCCGAAGGAAUUUCAAACUGAGGCUGAACUUUUGAUGACAGUUCAUCACAAAAAUUUAGUAUCCUUCAUUGGCUAUUGUGAUGAAGGUGACAAGAUGGCACUCAUAUAUGAGUACUUGGCUAAUGGCAACCUAAAAGAAAAUCUCUCAGAAAAAAGUUCACAUUGCUUGAGUUGGGAAAGGAGAAUUCAAAUAGCAAUCGAUGCUGCAGAGGGAUUGGAUUAUCUACACCAUGGAUGCAAGCCACCUAUAAUACACAGAGAUGUAAAAUCAGCUAACAUUCUUCUAAGUGAAGACUUAGAAGCUAAGAUAGCAGAUUUUGGACUCUCUAAGGUGUUUAAGAAUAGUGAUAGUGGAAAUUCAGAAUCUGCAAUUAUUCAUGUUGAUGAUAAAAAUGAAAAAUCUACAAUCAUGGGAACAAUGGGCUACCUUGAUCCAGAGUACUACAAAUUAAGGAACUUGAAUGAAAAAAGUGACAUCUAUAGUUAUGGAAUUGUACUAUUGGAAUUGAUCACCGGUCUCCCUGCAGUGAUUAAAGGAAAGCCAUCAAUUCACAUACUUGAGUUUGUAAGACCACAUCUUGGAAAAUGUGAUUUAAGCAAAAUUAUAGAUCCAAGACUCCAAGGACAGUUUGAUGAAGAUUCAGUAUGGAAAGUUUUGGGACUAGCAAUUUCUUGCACUGCAUCAACCUCAUUUCAUAGACCAACAAUGAAUGUUGUGUUAUCUGAGCUUAAACAGUGUGUUAAAAUGGAGUGUCCUAGUGAUAUGGAAAUAUUUGAGCCACCAAGACAUAUUUCCAGUGAAUAUUAUAGUUCAUCUGAUGCUUUUAAUUCCAUGGAGGGUGAAUCUAUGACAUACCCUUUCCCAAGGUAAUAAAUAGUGUAUAUUGAGGACACUAAGAAGCAUUCAUUUCAAUUUGUAAAUUUUAAUUAAAACCAUAAGAUAAAAGACACUAUAGGUUCCUACAUAUAGCAUUGUUUUGCCUUAUUUUGAGUUGUAUAAAUUUGUCUUCUUGAUCUUGUACAAUUUUGCUGUAUAAUAUCAAUGUGAAGAAAUCAAGAGUUGUGAGAAAAAUAGAUAGAAUCUUUAUGGAGGUACUUGUAUAAAUUGAAGAAAGGGUCAAAUCCUUUUAUGUGUUUGAUAAAGUUUGCUGUCAUUGUCAGUAACAGAUGUAUGAUAUCCUGCAGGAAAAAUAUUCAAUUACUUAGUCAAUAAUGGAUUUUGACUGUUA